AUUUUUGCAUUGCUACACUGACAUUUUCACUCACAUUUGUAUAGUGAGCUUAUUAUAUAAAUAUACGAAUUUUCAGAAAACAAUUACAAUUGUAAACUUUUGUAUAUUAAGUUUUUGGAAAUGGCAUUCUUUAUUAAAAAUAGUUUUAAAUCAUUAGCUCGAUCGUCAUGUAUUUCAAUAUCUAAACGUUAUCUAUCAAUUUCAUCGACACUACGUAAUCCCCAAACAACUACAGAGACAGAAGAUGAAUCACAACGAUCAUAUUUUUUUUUAUUAUUUUUAGCCAUUGUGCGGAAGUCUUUCCAUGACAAUCUUGAUUCAGUCAGAAGCUUUGGUCAAUAUCUAGCGGAAUGUUUACCCAAAUAUGUUCAAAAAGUGCAGAUGACAGCUCAAGAUGAACUUGAAAUUCUUAUUGCUCCAUCAGGAAUUCGGCCUACAUUAUCAUUCUUAAGAGAUCACCAUAAUUCACAGUACACUAUUCUAGCUGACUUAACUGCUCUUGAUGUUCCUAGUCGACCGUAUCGAUUCGAACUAGUAUACAACUUAUUGUCUCUUCGAUUUAAUAAUCGUAUAAGAGUAAAAUCUUACACAGAUGAAUUGACUCCAGUAGAUUCUAUAGUUUCUAUUUUUAAAGCCGCUAAUUGGUACGAGAGAGAAGUUUGGGAUAUGUUUGGUAUUUACUUUAGUGAUCAUCCAGAUUUGCGUAGAAUUUUGACGGAUUAUGGUUUUGAAGGGCAUCCAUUAAGGAAAGAUUUCCCACUCAGCGGCUUCAUCGAGGUCCGAUAUGAUGACGAAGUUAAACGCAUAGUAGCUGAACCAUUGGAAUUAGCCCAAGAGUUUCGUAGAUUUGAUUUAUCUACACCAUGGGAGCAAUUUCCUAAUUUUAGAGAAACUCAAUCAUCAAAAGACAUUAAAGAUGAAAAAAAAUAAUUUCUUCAAUAGAAUAAUUUAUACCUAAUGUAAUGAGUUUUAAUUAGUCAAAUACAUUUAAAAAUUCAAAUCUA